AUGCGCUUUUCCUGGCUCCCAGCCGCUGCUCUGCUACCCCUCGCGGCCGCAGACUGGCAGUUCAAGUCGCGGACCGACCUAGCUCCUCCUAGGCUGAACAUCACCAUCCCUGCUGCUCCGGAUGUCGAGAAGGGCUAUCUCUUCGUUGCACCUUUUGCCGGCUACGCAGACACCGCAGGAGAACAGCAUGGUCCUCGCCAGGCGGCUCCCUACAUCUACCGCGAUGAUGGAGAGCUGGUCUGGUCCGGAUACGGCUACUACUCUAUCUGGGCCACCAACUUCCAGAAGGCGCGCUGGAAGGGCAAAGACGUCCUCUUUUGCUUCGAGGGGGACCACAACCCUGGAUACGGUCAUGGGCAUGGUCACACCACGAUCCUCGAUCAGCAUUACGAAACAAUUCGUGAGCUUCGUGCGGGUAAUCACAAGUUGACCGACAAGCACGAGUUCCAUGUCAUCAAUGAAGAGACUGCUCUAAUUCAGGUCUAUCAACCUGUUCCUGCGGACCUCACCCCAUGGGGAGCCAGUCCUGAGCAGCAGUGGAUCGUAGAUGCUAUCAUUCAAGAACUUGACAUCGAGACUGGAGAGCUACUGUUUGAGUGGUCGAGCUUGGAGCAUGUUUCUCCUGAUGAGGCCAUCCUUCCCAUCAACCCUGGUCAAGCUGGCUCCGGAUACAACUCUUCCGAUGCCUGGGAUUACUUCCAUAUCAACUCCGUUGACAAGGGCUCCGAUGGUAAUUACCUGAUCUCCGCUCGGGACGCCUGCUCUGUCCACAAAAUAAAUGGCACCACAGGUGAAAUCAUCUGGCGUCUGGGCGGAGUCAAGUCAGACUUUGAACUGGGAGAUAAUGUCAAGUUCUGCUUCCAACAUCACGCUCGCUAUGUUCCCAGUGAAGAUAGCAAGGAGGUCAUUUCGCUGUACGACAACGCUUCGCACGGUACCGAAGACGGCCGCGGCCAUGAAGUCCACACUCAUCCCUUCUCCCAGGGCAAGAUAAUCGAGGUAGACACUAUUACGUGGAAGGCGACCAUCGUCCAAGCCUUCCAGCCUCCUGACGGCCUCCUAUCCAAGUCUCAGGGCAGUACGCAACUGCUACCUAAUGGCAACGUUAUCGUUAACUGGGGCUCUGAGGGCGCUUUGACCGAGUACCGUGCCGACGGCACUCCGAUCUUCCACACCUACAUGGACUCCGGCUACCUGGGUCUCGGAGUCGAGAACUACCGCGGCUUCCGGUACAACUGGACUGGGCUGCCCAAUGAAGCGCCUGCUAUCGUCUCCCUCGAGAACGACCAGGGUACGACUGUGUACGUCUCGUGGAACGGUGACACUGAGACCAGAACCUGGCGCUUCUUCAACAUUGUCGACGAUUAUGGGUCUCGUCAGUUCCUUGGCGAGGUCGAGCGUAAGGGCUUUGAAACAUCUUUACUCAUUAAAGAUCAUGGUAUCGGGCUCGUGACAGCUGAAGCUAUUGGUGCUAGUGGCCGCGUAUUGACUUCCACCGCUGCUGUCAAGGCCAAGGCGGAGGCGCUUCCACCUAGCUCUUUAUCUGGUCCGUCGUCCAAUGCUCCUACUUAUACUCCGUAUGAUGGGAACGGAGAGCAGGUUCCGAUGGGCCAGAAGGACGUGAGAAGGGUCGUUGGGAUGAGUACAUGA